GGGACGGAGGGGGUGAUGCUGCCGGGGCGAGGGUACCACCCCGUGCGCGGAGCCCCAGCCCUGCCCGCGGGGGGAUCCGCGGGGCGCGGAGCUCUCCUCGCGGAGCCCUUUGUUAUGCUAAUCCGGGCUGACAUCACGCCGCAUAUCAAAGCCGAGGAGGCCGCAUAUAAGGCGGCUCCGCGGGCCGCCCCGCCAGAGCAGCCCCGGCCCCCGCGCAGCCCCCGGCCCCUCCGCGCCCUCGCAGCCCGGGCGGAGGUAGUUCAUCUCCAAGGAGGAGCAAACCCCCGAACUGCAGGGAAAUACAUCGUGCAGAAAAUUAGGAAAGCUUAUUUUUAUUAUUAUUUUUUUUUUUUUUUCGGAGAAGCCGAUUUCCUUCAGCAAGUGGAGAAAAUGAAGCCAAGUCUGCAAUUUUUCUUAGCUGGUUUUCUGUCUUUGAUUCUGCAGACGAGGCUUUGCUAUGGGAUAAAAUGGAUAGCUCUGUCCAAGACUCCUUCAGCUUUGGCCCUGAAUCAAACCCAGCACUGCAAGCAGCUUGAAGGCUUGGUGGUUUCCCAGGUGCAGCUGUGCCGCAGCAACCUGGAGCUAAUGCAGACCAUCAUCCAGGCAGCACGGGAAGUGAUAAAGACCUGUCGUAAAACUUUCUCAGACAUGCGGUGGAACUGCUCUUCCAUUGAGCUGGCUCCUAACUACCUGCUGGACUUAGAGAGAGGCACAAGGGAGUCAGCAUUUGUGUAUGCCCUUUCUGCUGCUGCCAUCAGCCACACCAUUGCCAGGGCCUGCACCACCGGGGACCUCCCUGGCUGUUCCUGUGGUCCCAUCCCAGGUGAGACACCUGGACCUGGGUAUCGAUGGGGAGGAUGUGCAGACAACCUCAACUAUGGUCUUAUCAUGGGGUCCAAAUUUUCAGAUGCUCCCAUGAAGAUGAAAAAAUCAGGAUCACAAGCCAAUAAACUGAUGCAUCUACACAACAGUGAAGUAGGGAGACAGGUCUUGAAAGCCUCUCUUGAAAUGAAAUGUAAGUGCCAUGGAGUUUCUGGGUCAUGCUCUAUCAAGACCUGUUGGAAAGGCCUUCAAGAGCUGCGAGACAUUGCAUUGGACCUCAAAAACAAGUAUUUAUCAGCCACCAAGGUCGUUCACCGGCCCAUGGGCACACGCAAAUACCUCGUGCCAAAGGAUAUUGAUAUCAGGCCGGUUAAAGAGACAGAGCUGAUUUACCUGCAGAGCUCGCCCGAUUUCUGCAUGAAGAACGAGAAAGUGGGGUCACACGGGACACAGGACAGGCAAUGCAACAAGACCUCCAACGGGAGCGACAGCUGCGACCUGAUGUGCUGCGGCAGAGGCUACAACCCCUACAUGGACAAAGUGGUGGAGCGAUGCCACUGCAAGUACCACUGGUGCUGCUACGUGACCUGUAAAAAGUGCGAGAGGACUGUCGAGAGAUACGUGUGCAAGUGAAAACCCUCCUCUGUCCACCCGGGAGCUGAGAGGCCAGUGGCACCCCAGCACUAUUCAGAGAAGAGAAAACAUUUACCCGGCUAGACGUCAUUUAUCUUGUAAAGACAUAGACUUGAAGAAAGAUGGUAGGAGGGAAAAAAACCCAACCAGCCAAUCAAUCACACCAGUAAAACUAAGGCCCUUAAAAAAAAAUAACAGCCCACAAGUGUUUCCCCCCAUGAAUAAAGUGCUCUCUGAGAAGACAAAAACUCAUUUGGGAUGCUAUCUUAUUCAAAAAUAUUUCCUAUGGUUGCCGAUGACGUCCAGCCAUCAAGUCCCUUAGUAUUUUGAGCAACAAAACUAGAAGCUUUCCCCGGGGAAGAAAAGCAACUGUUGUUUGAAAAUAACUAAGGCUCACACCUGUCUGUGCCUUCCAGCAGAGGUACUGAGUCUGCAUUAGGACCAUCCUAGAAUGGAAAACGCUGCAAGUUUUCAGCAAUAACUGCUUUUAUAUUUUUGGUUUUUUUUGCCAAAGACUUAAUUUUUAGCGUGGAAGCAUCCACUCCAGAUGAUAAAGGUGGAAAGAUUUCAGGUCAAUCCCCUGAAAUGAACCGCUCAUUUUAACCUUUCUUUUACACAGGUUUGCAGCUUUGAAGUUACUGCUGCAGGAAAAGUUGUCCAUGAUUUUUCUGGGCUGGAUGGGGUUUCAAAUUCAGCUGUGCAAGAACCCCUGUGGAUCCUGGAGGUGGUGAGAAUAGGGUACCCCGAAAAAGGCUUUGUGGGAUCCAUGAGAUUGUAGUGGAGGCGUUAGGAUAAAGUAACAAAGUAAAGUCAAAAUCCAGUGGGGAAAGUAAAAAACUAAAUAAAUAAAAAUUAGCUCCUGCUCUCUUUCCCUCUUGCCCUUUGGGUUUGAUGCCCUUAGUCACUGAUGUUCUACCAUGUCGGGCCAUCAAGUCCUUAGGGAAAUCUGCCACUGCCUUUUUUUUCCUGCAAAACUCUUGACCCAGCCCCAGGAAAGUGCAGAGAGCAGAGCAGGUCUGGUCCCGGCCGUAGGGAGAGCAUCCAUGCAGGGCAGCAAAUUUCCCAGAACAAAAUAAGAGUGUGAACAUGUCAGCCCUUCACCUGGCCCUGGCACAGCAGAGAACCACUAUCUGUGGCUGUACAUAUCUUCUUUUUUUAUGCGGACAUACAGAAAUAUUUAUAAGAUAUAUACCAUGCUUUCGUCUACUCUACUUCCCCACAUAAAUAUAUCUAUAUAUUAUAAACAAGCAUUAAAAAUAGUAUGAAAUAAAUGCUGAACUUACUGAUGCAACAGCAAAAUGUUAGAUUAUUAUGUUUCACUCUCCUACUUGGAAAGCAGCCCUGCUUUCCCUCCCGAGGGCAGGAGGAGAUCAUGGCUCGAGGCACUCGCUGGUGUGGGAUAGGUAAGUUCAUUUAUUCCCUGUCUCCCCAGCCUCUUCAUUUUGAGCAGAAUUAGCCAAGACUCAGUCAAGACAACAAAACAGAGCACUUGGAAGAAGGGAGAGUCACUGUUCUUGUUUUGCUUUUUAAUAUUAGUAAUCACUCUCAUCAGUAAAAUAUCCCACAGCCCCUAAGGAGCUUAAUAACAAAUGUGACUAAUACCUCUUGUGGGUGGUUUGCUCCUCGCUCCUGCAUGUUGUAGGAGUUGCUGUGCAGAGGAUGUUUUGGCUUAGAUUUAGGUCCUUUUCUUGCUCAUUUUUUUUUUUGCAAUAAGCACCCAGCUCUAUGUCCCAGUUACGAAGGGUGAUGCUGGAGAAGGAUGUCUGCUCCAGGAGCAGAAGGCUGCAGAUUCCAUGAGGUCCUUCCGAUAAUUUCUGGGCACCCGGUUCCCCAAGCAAAGUUCUGCAAGCAGCCAGAAAAUGACUCCUACACAAAUGAGGUUUGACAGUGCCACUUUCCUAGAAGGAAAUAUGUCCAUAACACUGCAGUCUUCCUCUAAAUCCUUUUUUUAUCCCCCCCCCCCGCCCUCCCCAGCUGCUCUUUUGGAGGCAUUUGCUAUGUCCCUGACCAGCCCUGGGGAGCUGGAGGAGAAAAGCAUUGGGGACCAUAGAGCAAAAUUACAGAUAUUUUGUACUCCUCAGCCACUUUGCUUUGCUGUAACAGGUUCGGUCUCCUCGCCUCUUUCCCUCCCCCCUCCACGAGCAGGCAAAAAGAGGCCUUUGGUAGUUUGUCAGUGGUUUGUGUUAUUGUCACCCCAUAAAAGCUGGUGGACUGAAACUUCUCCGCAGUGCGGUGUGAUGAGCGGUGGGUGUCUUUGGGCUGACAUGCAGACAGGCUGGUGGCAGAAAUCCCACUGCUCUCCAAAGCCAGCAUUUGGCUCCGUUAGAUAUGUAGAGAAACGGUCUACUUUCAUUCUUUUAAGGAAUUUUAUUUUUAUUUCCAGUUUCUGAUGAAGCCAACAACGCAGGGUUGUUCUGACCAAAGAAAAAUUUGAACAUUUCAAUGCUAUUCUGUAAUGGCUCUUUUUCUUGCUCCCUUGCUGAUGUCCUUCCUGAGCCUUUCUGCUUGGCAAAAAAAUAGCGAGAUGGAAGAAAUGCUCUAUGUGAACAUUAUUUUCAGCCGCCUUUCACUCCUUUGGUAUCAGGCCCGUGUUCCUCACCUGCUUUUCCCACAUCAGAAGAAAUCAUAGCUUUGCAGAGCAUAAAAACAUGUGUGUAAGCCUACCAGGCACCUGCGGGUCCAUCAGGUGGGAAAUGAACCCUCAGAAGACCUUUAGCCAUAGUGGUACCUCAUGCUUUGUGUCUGCCUCUGCCCACAGCUGUCUGUUACUGCAGAUGUUGAACUGAAACAGCUGCAGUGUUUGGAGGUUUGCAGUUUGGGGCAUCCAGGCUCAAAAUCUCUGCUGAUCAUAGAGUCACAGAUGAUUUUGGUUGGAAAAGAACCUCAAGAUCAUCAAGUCAAGCAUUAACCCAACACUGGCACUAACACAUGUCCCUAAGAACCUCAUCUCCACGUCUGUUCAACCCCUCCAGGGAUGGUGACUCCACCACUGCCCUGGGCAGCCUGUUCCAAUGCCUGACAACCCUUUGGGGAAGAAAUUGUUCCAAAGGUCCGACUUCACCGCCCCUGGCACAACCUGAGGCUGUUUCCUCAGAGUUAGAGCAAAACUGCUGUAAUGGUGUUAAUUUAUAAACCGAUAGCCUAGGACAUGGGCUGGGGCCACAGACACUCUUAGCUCAAAGAAGUAAAAUUUGGAGGAAGCCCAGGGCAGUGACCAUCCCCCAGAACUGGCACUGGGGAGGCCAAACCUCAAAUCCUGGGGACAGCUUUGGGUCCCUCACGCCAAGAAAGGACUUGAGGUGCUGGAGCUAGUUGAGAGAAGGGAACGGAGCUGGUGAGGGGCUGGAGCACAAGUGUGAUGGAGCGGCUGAGGGACCUGGGGGGUUCAGCUGGAGAACAGGAGCUGAGGAGAGACCUUCUGAUCUCUGAACUGCCUGAAAGGCGCUUGGAGCCAGGGGGGGUUGGGCUCUGCUCCCAGGGAACAAGUGACAGGAUGAGAGGUCUCAGGGUCCUUCUCCAGAGUGGCUGCACCCUGCAUUAGCCACGCGCCCGGGGUGAUGUGCCUCACCAAGAUGAGACUCCUGCACAGGGCAAGGUGUGAUAAAGUCCAGCAUCCCUUGUUGCACAGCACUGCUUCAUCCAGCAAAUUAGCGUCAUCUCCCUCCUGAUGGUCUGACAUUUUCUAAUUUUUCAGGAAAUGGCUUUCUAUGAGAGGGAUGCAGUGCUCUCUGUUUUCUUUUCAUUUUAAUGCAAACUAGGAAUAAAAAGAGAAUCUAUAACAUGGAACUGUACUGGUGGAACAGCUCACGGUGCAUCUUUGCUCCUCACAGCCUGUCUCUGAUUCUUUCCUCCUGGCAUCAGCAGCAAAUCACAGAGAGGCCAGAAAAGAGAAGUGUCAUUACUCUCAAUUUCAAUGCUCAGUGAGACCAGCAUCCAAGAAAUAGCCGCCAAAUGAUUUUCUGUCCAUGCGUAGCCUGAAAGGUAUUUAGGAGAACAUUUGUCAACAAACAGUUUUACAAGGAAAAUACAUCCCUAAUGGCAGGGCAAGACCAUCAUGUACCAGUCUCCUUCCCUCCCCAUCCCCUCUGCAACCAGUUUGCAAGGCUUUGCUAUGAAACACUGAGGUCUUUCAGCUUCUGAAUGAAAUGGCUUUAAUUAUUUUGAUGCUGCAGUUCUCUCAUAACAUGCCCUGCCAGAUUCUAACAGCUGGUAUAGUUUGGCCCAGCUCCAUGUCCUACUACACAGCUCUCUUGAUUUACACUAACUGGGAAAAUACAAUUGUUUGAAAAUAUUACAAUAUUACCCCUGAGGGAAAAGGGCAAGCUGUCUUUAAAAGUAUUAUGUUGGUGGCUUUGUAGCAUUUAUCUGUUUGAAAAAAUACCCAUGAUUUAAUAAAAGAGUUUGGACUUAA